AGCGACACUCCGCAGCUCCCAGUGCUUUUUUUUUUUCAACCCCACCUUACUCUCUGUUAGCGUCUUUCUAUCUCUGAUGGCUAAGUUUUGGGUAUGUUUCUUGUGUUUGUUGUUGGUGGGGAGUUUAGUUUCAGGCCAAGAUGAUGAUCAGUUUAGUCCAGGAGGGGCAAAGAGAGAGAUGGUUCCUGCGAUGUUUAUCUUUGGAGACUCUCUCAUUGACAAUGGGAAUAACAAUAACCUUCCUUCUUUUGCAAAGGCCAACUAUUUUCCCUAUGGGAUUGAUUUUGAAGGAGGCCCUACUGGACGAUUCUCCAAUGGUUACACCAUGGUUGACGAAAUAGCUGAACAGCUAGGACUACCUCUCACUCCUGCAUAUUCUGAAGCUUCUGGAGAGGAAGUGCUUCAUGGUGUCAACUUUGCCUCAGCAGCUGCUGGAAUACUGGACAUCACUGGAAGAAACUUUGUGGGGCGCAUACCAUUUAACCAACAGAUACGCAACUUUGAGAACACGCUCGAUCAAAUUACCGACAAUCUUGGAGCUGAUAAUGUGGCUGAGGCAAUAGCAAAGUGCAUAUUCUUUGUGGGAAUGGGCAGCAAUGACUACCUAAACAACUAUCUCAUGCCCAACUAUGCGACUAGGAAUCAGUAUAAUGGCCAACAAUUUGCGAACCUUUUGAUUCAACAGUACAAUAGGCAACUCAAUACCCUUUACAAUCUUGGAGCCCGGAGGUUUGUCCUGGCUGGGCUGGGAAUUAUGGGUUGCAUUCCAAGCAUCCUAGCUCAAAGUCCGACUAGCCGCUGCUCGGACGACGUGAACCAUCUCAUUCUACCAUUUAAUGCAAACGUGAGGGCGAUGGUUAACAGACUCAAUUCCAAUCUCCCUGGGGCUAAGUUCAUUUACAUUGACGUCUACCGCAUGUUCCAAGAUAUCCUUUCCAACUCAAGAAACUAUGGAUUUAGUGUUAUAAACCGUGGUUGUUGUGGAAUUGGGCGAAACAGUGGGCAGAUUACAUGUCUUCCAUUCCAAACUCCAUGCUCAAACCGAGAACAGUAUGUGUUCUGGGAUGCUUUCCACCCAACAGAAGCCGUGAACAUCAUAAUGGGGAGGAAGGCAUUUAACGGGGAUAAGAGCGCUGUUUACCCCAUGAACAUAGAGCAGCUUGCCAAUCUCGAUCUCGAGCCGAACGAACAGAAACCCUAGCUUGCUGUGCUAAUGAUCCAUGCAUGUCUUGAAUGUACUUGUUCUAUCUAUGGGGCUAUUUCAUUGUUAUAAGAGCAGAAAUUAAUUAAGUGUUAGAAAAUCAGAAAUUUGUUUGUGGGUGCAUGCGUGCUAAUUUAAUUGGAAGUUGGAACAACUUUUGUCUA